AUUUAUUACUCGUGGUUUCAGUGUGAGGCACCGAGGUCCGAGGCCCGUGAAAGUGAGGAAUACCGGAUAGCAAUUAUACUACAAUUAUUGUGAUGUGCAGCAGGGGCAUAACCCCUGUAUAUUAAGGCAUAGUGCAUUUAUGUACCUAUGCGCCUAUAUCUAUUACCGUGAAGUGCUAGGCCCCUUAGGAUAUAUUUUCUAUGGGACGUACUGGGCAUCUGGGCAUGGCCCAUACGAGUAUAAUUUAUUGUAGGACGUCAUGGCCAUAGCCUUAACCUUAAGCCUAGUAACUUGUUAGUUGUUGUAGAGGUUGGAAAACCUUAAAUAGCAGUGAUAUAGUGAUAUAAUGAUAUUUGAUAACGUCCAGGUUUUUAUUUGAAAUAUUUAAAAAAUGUCCGAUAUUAUUAUUUAUUAAUUAAUGAUUUACACAUUUUUACAAUAAAUGUAAAUCGCUAUAAUUUAUAAUUUAUAGUUGUAUUUAUUAAUAAGUCAUUGAUUGUCAGGUACCAGUAUUACUAUGCAUCAAAUUGGAUUUUUUUCACACAUAUUUAUUUUCAUUCUUUUAACAAUUUUGGCUUAUGGUAAUCGAAUCAAUGAUGGUUCGCCCCCAGUUGUAUUAUGGCAUGGAAUGGGCGAUAGCUGUUGUAAUCCAUUAAGUCUUGGAAGAAUUAUUAAGUUAUUACAGAAGAACUUGGGAACCGAUACUUAUGUGAAGUCGUUACAAAUUGGAAAAUCUUUUGAACAGGAUGUGAAGAACAGUUUUUUCAUGAAUGUUAACCUUCAAGUUAAAGAUGCUUGCAAACAAAUAUCUAUAGAUCCAAAGUUGUCUAGUGGUUAUAAUGCUAUUGGAUUUUCACAAGGAGCUCAAUUUUUGAGAGCAGUUGCACAAAGAUGUCCUAAUCCUCCAAUGUUAAAUCUUAUAUCUAUAGGCGGCCAACAUCAAGGAGUUUUUGGUAUGCCAAGAUGUCUUUAUUCUAGUCACAAAUGGUGCGAAUAUAUAAGAUUAGUUUUGAACAAAGAAGCUUAUGCAAAAUGGGUACAAAAUUCAUUAGUUCAAGCAGAAUAUUGGCAUGAUCCAAUUAAGGAAUCAGAUUAUAUAAAAGGUAGCCAUUUUUUAGCAGACAUCAACAAUGAACGCAUUAUUAAUGAAAAUUAUCGUGAAAAUUUGCUCAAAUUAAAAAACUUUAUCAUGGUUAUGUUUACAAAUGAUACAAUGGUUAUUCCAAAAGAAAGUGAAUGGUUUGCAUUUUACUCACCAGGUCAAGAUAAAGAAAUUAUGCCACUUGAACAGUCUGUAUUUUACCUCACAGACCGACUUGGUUUGAAAGUAUUAGAAGAAAGUGGACGUUUACAUUUCUUGUCAGUUCCUGGUAAUCAUCUUCAGUUUUCUGAAGAAUGGUUUUUGAAUGAAAUUGUUAAUAAAUAUCUCAAAGAAUAGCAUACUAAUAUUAUACUAUUUGGUGUAAAUAGUAAAUCAAUCAAAAAAAAAUCAGAAUUUUAUAUUGAUUUAAUUACAUUUUGUUACUGAUAGCUUACUAUUUUUGGUGUGUGCAUUCUUUUAAUGUGCUUUGUAAAUGUUUUUUUAAUUGAGUGAAACAUUUUAUAAUAAAAAAAAAAAUUUUAUUUUAAAUUCUCA